AUGAGAAUGAACAUCAUUCUUAGUCUCUUUAUUUUAAUUUCUUCAUCACAAACAUGUGACGAAUUUAAAAAUUAUUCAUACAAAUCAGUUAAUGAAUCAUUUAAUUGUUUAAAUUCUAUUCCAACAACAUUUUCAGAAAAUAAAAUACUAGUUGAUUUAUUAAAUACAUAUCUUGAAGCAUAUGUUUACAAAGAUAUAUUAAAAGCACCUCCUCAACCUAGUUUUUCAGGGACUUAUUAUAAACCAUUUGAUAUCGAUACAGAAAUGAGAAAUAUAAAUAUAAAUACAUCUUGUCUUUAUGAUUUUUUAGUUGAUAUUCAAAAAAUUAUUAUUUCAACUGGUGACAGUCAUUUAAAUUUUUUUAUUCGACCAGAACAGGGAAAACCAAAUGCAUUGUUCUUUGAUUUUUAUUAUUCACUUCCAUUUAAAGUGUCAAUAUCUAAUACUAAAAAAAUGUAUUUACUUCCACAAUCUCUAACUGAUCCAUUCAAUGAAUUAAUUCCUAUUUCUAUUAUAAGAAAUCAGAAUACUGUAGUUAAAUAUAUUAAUGGAAAAGAUCCAUUCUCUGUUAUUAGAAGAUUUGCUGAUUUAUUUGUUCCUUUAAAAUGUCCACAUGCUCGAUUCACUAACGCACAAAACUCAUUUACUUUUGGGUCUAUUGGUAGAACAUUAUUACCCAAAUCUUAUUUAAAUACUAAAUUUGAAAUUGAAUGGGAAAAUGGUGAAAAGGAUAUUAUUUCAUAUUUUAUUCUUCGAAUUAAUCGUUCUUCUAUAUCUACAAGAGCAAGAAAAAAAGUUAAUAUGUUAUUUUCUUCAGGUGUUGGAAACAUAUUAUUACCAGAAGAUAUAUUUGAUUCUCUUUCCAGUGGUUACAAUGAGCUAAAGAAAAGUGAAGACCUUAGUUAUGUUUCAAAGGACAAAACUGUCAGUUGUUCUGUUAACAUUACAAAGAAAGUGAAUACAUUUGUGUUAACAAGUUUUGCUCCUGAUAGUGAUAAUUGGCAGAAUUAUCAAUUUGUGAUUAAACAAUGUGUUAAUUUGUUUGAUGAAAAUUCAUAUCCAAUUCAAAUUAUUCUUCCACUAAAUGGAGGAGGAUACGUUACGUAUGCUCAAAACAUUGAAAAAAUCUUUGCUCCUCAUGACGAUGUCAAUUUAAUUGUAAGUGCUAGAAUAAGUAAUUUUACUGAGAGAAUUAUGAGACAAGAAGAAGCAAAAUCAAUUAAAGAUCCUCUUAAUUGUCAACCAAGAGAAAAAACAAGUGUAGAUGUAUUAGGUGAUUGGUAUAUGAAUCCUAGGAUGAUUAAAUAUGGAAAUAAUGAACAUAAAAUUAUUCAACCAUCUCUUAUAGAUGAAAAUGAUGAGAUAAUAGAAAGAUUUAUUAAGAAUCAAAGAAAACCAACUGAUAUUGUUGUUUACACUGACUCGUUCUGUUUUUCUGGAUGUUCAAUCUUAACAAAAGGAUUAAAAGAAAGAGGAAGUGCUAUUAUUACUGGAUUUGGAGGAGAUCCAAAUGGAAGUGUUGAUGAAUUUGAAGUUGGUCAAUCACCAACAACUGUUUUGUUUUUGAAUGAGUAUCUUGGAAAAAGUUCAGACCCAUUUAUUAGUUAUGGAUAUGGUCUUAGUUUGAGUUUCUUUGAAACUUUUAGAUUUAAUUACAAUUAUACUGAAACAAUUCCAAGAGAAUUUCUCCCUGAUAUUGUUGAUGAAAGAACUAACAUAUUUUCGUUUUCUUCUAAUGACUAUUCUACUUUUAUUGAUUCUACUCUUACUAUUAUUGAAAAUAUAAGACUAAGUGUAAUCCAAAGAAUAAAAGACUUGUAA